AUGGAGGGCAAGACCCCUGAGGAGAUUGCUGAGGCGCUCAAGGGGCUUCCUGCUGAUCAGUUGUCCAAAUUGAAGGAGGCUUGCGUGAUCAAGGCAACUGCCUGUCCUGGCCCGGUGGAUUGCAGCCCUCUGACGGUGGUGGCCAAGGAUUACAAAGGCCUUCUGGAGCAGCCAAAGGAACCGAAGUUCAAGGGUGCUCUUUGCCAGAUCUUCGUUCGAAGCCAGCCCUACGGCGGGUCUGACAAGAGCUCGAAUGGGCACAGGUACGAUUCCAUUCCGAUGGCCAAUGGAAUGAUCAACAGUGGCAUGUCGUGCCAGCUGAUUCACUACACCCACGAGGAACACGACACCUUCUUCAAGGUUUGCAAGAACUUCGACUUCAUCAUCGUCCGCUGCAACCCUGGGCAAAUCAAGGCCGAUGGUGGUGACCAGCAGAAGUUCGAUGAUGGCAUGCGGGAGCUGCGCAAGGGUGGUAUCCAGGUUUGGCCCUCUCCGGACGUCAUGGAAAAGAUGGGUGCCAAGGAUGCCUUGUGCAAGGUGGCAACUAUGAACAUCGGCUUGGAGGAUACCUUGGCUUACUACAGCCCUGAAGAGUUCUCGGUGGGCUUUAAGAAGACCAUGGCAUUCCAACCUCGCGUCAUCAAGCAGAACCGCGGCUCCAGUGGCGAGGGAAUUUGGAUUAUUAAAUUGAAAGAGGAGAACUACUGCAAGGAGUAUGGUGAGAGGUCCUGCGAAGAUUCCGAGAAGUUGCUGCUCAUGGAAGCCAACGACAACCAUGAGGAGGAACACACCGUGGGCGAGUUCAUUGAGUUCUGCGUCAAUGGACGUACGGACAAGUCGGGAGAAUGGACCUCCAAAGGUGUUGGCAAAUACCUGGAGGGUGGCAAGGACGCUGGUGGUCAGUUGGUUGAUCAGCGCUUCUGCCCUCGCAUUGUGGCAGGCGAAUUGCGCUACAAUUUGAUUGGCGACUCUUUGAUCGGCGUCAUUCACAAGAAACCCAAGGAGGGCGGCAUCUCUGCCGUGGGCGGUACUGGAUCCAUCUACACUUUCUAUGGCCCGGAGGAGCCACUGUUCAAGAGUUUGACGGAAAACUUCUUGAAGAAAGACUUGCCACAUGUGAUGCCCUCUCUGGACCUCGCCUCGGAGCCUCUGCCUUUGUGGUGGACCACCGAUUUCAUCAACGCCUCACCGCCAGGAACCGCCCCUGAAGAAGAGAAGUGGAUCGUGGGCGAGUUUAAUUGCAGCUGUGUCGGCAUCAGCCGAUGCUUGGCGGCCUACUGCAAGGAUGACACGCCCAACGCCUGCUGGGAUGACAUCUCGGAGGAGGACAAGGCGGAGGCUAAAAAGAUGGGCGACUUGAUGGGAGAGAAGGCGCUGGCCAUCCUUUCCAAGUGA